AUGUCCGUUGGUUCCACGGAAUCGAACGUGUACCACGCUUAUUCUGAGAGAACUUUGGCUAUAAUAAAGCCCGAGGCCUACGAGGACGCCGAAGCGAUCGAGAAUUUGAUCAGGCAAAAUGGGUUUCAGAUAUUAGCUAGACGCAUCGUCCGCCUGACUCCCGAGCAAGCCGCGGAAUUAUACCGUGGCCACUACGGUCGUCACCAUUUCCCCCAUCUGGUGGCCCACAUGUCCAGUGGGAGCAUCAUACCCAUGGUGCUGGCGGCCCCCAACGCUGUGCAGAAGUGGCGCACGCUCAUGGGACCCGCAAGCGUGGUGGAGGCACAGGCUUACUGGCCGGAGAGCGUGCGCGCAUGCUACGGUCGGCGCACUAAGUACGGAGACUACUUCAACGGUGUGCACGGCAGUCAGAACCACGACGAGGCGCUGAGAGAGAUACAUUUCUUUUUCCCACAAAUGAUAGUCGGCCCGAUCCUCCGCGCGUGGCAAGUCAACGAUUACAUACAGAAGCAUAUCACGCCCACAUUAUUGCCAGCCUUGACGACUUUGGCCCACGAAAGACCAGACGAGCCCGUCUUGUGGUUGGCUGAACAUCUGCGCAUGCACAACCCUAACGAACCGGAGUUUGGGCCACAGUACGUGGAGCAAAGGGAAGACAAGCGGUGUCACACCCCUUUGCCUUCUGAAGAGUCGUUUGCGAAUAUCAAAUAGUUUC